AGAUCGCAAUGAAGUCCGUAGAUCUCCAGGCUGGAGCCGCAGAGGGAGGUGGCGAGGUGGAGAACGCGGGGCUGGGCCUGGACAGCGGCGCUGGCGUCGUCUGGAGUCCUCGCGCCCUCAACCCGGAAGGCAGCGGACUGACAUCUGCGCCGAAGUUGCGCGUAGCCCAUGGAGGGUCGGGACCCUGGAAAUUUCGAACGCCCCAGCAGUUCAGGGCAGUGAUCGCUUUUCCCAAGCCGGGGAGUCCGGGGCCCCGCCAGGUUUCUCCGCGCUGUGACCUCCGGCGCGCAGAGCGGAGGGCGCCAAGCUCUCUGCUGGGUGUCGGAGGACGCGCCGAAAACAGGGACGUCUCUGCAGUGCGUCCGACACCAGCCGUCCAGUCCUGCUGCCUCCCGGGGUUGCUGCAGCCCGGGUUAUCCCGGCCCCCCAAGCUGCCCGGCUUUCGGCCUCCCCUGCUCCCCGCGCUGUGGGGUGGCGGAGGAUGGACCCAGGCUGACGCGCCGCGCUGGGCUGGGUACCUGGGAAGAGGGCCCGCCUCCCGGACUCCGAGUCGGGCACCUGUGCGAAAGAAGCGAAAAUUCAGGCCCGGUGCUCAAGGCUCAGAGAUGAGGAGACCUCCCCAUCCCCCCAAAUUCCUGCCGGCGGUGUUGGCGCUGACCUCCUGGAAGCUGGCCUCGCCCUGGGUAUUCCCCAGCGUUACGCGGGGCUGUGGAUCUAAUUUUAAUUCAUUUGUAAAACAAAAGGACCAACCCUUCCCGACUUUUGGCGGUGGAGGAGGCUUAUUUCUGAUUUUUGUCAAAGGAAUGCUAGUUGUGGGGGUCCCAGGUGCCUUUUACGAAGCCGCCCUCCCCUUCCAUCCCCAUCGUUGCAGGGGCGGUUGCGGGGUCAACGGGAAGUACUCGGGGUGGGACACGCCUCUUCUUGCUGAGUCUCAGGACGCAGUUUUUGAGUUCGUGCUUGAUGAGGAUGUACAGAGGCUGCACAGCUCUGCCUUGACCCAAAUCAUCCCAGAGAGAGUGCGAAGGUGGGAGCUGCAGCCGGACCCGCAGGGCCACCGGCAUGGCAGGUUCUGCAAGAGCCCGCCUGGCCGUCCCUGCUUUCUAGCGGCUGACGUGAAGUACUGGACAAAAGCAGCUGCUCCUUGUCAAGGAUUUCCAUUGUCCAAGGCUGUCAGUACUCCUGCUUUCUACCUGCUCAAUGUGGACAACGCCUCCACUAUUAUGGCAACCAAAAAUGUCUUCAGACAUGGCCAACUGUCCUCUGUGGAGCCAAAUCACUCCCAUGGAGAACUCCUGCGUUAA